AUGCCCAGUUCGUACAAUGAGCCGAAAGAGUCUACAGACGCUGCUCGUCUCAUCUAUCCUACCACCGAGGAAUCGGCCGCCGCUCUUUACAACGCACAGAAUAUCACUUCAGCUCUCGAAGCUCUGCACCAAGAUGGAUUCGUCGUGUUGAAGUCCGUGGUUAAUGUUUCGCAUAUUCACAAGAUUAAUGAGUAUAUGAGAGUAGAAGCAGAUGAUUUGCUCCAGCGCAACGCAAAGCCUUUCAACCAAGGCGUGAACUCAAACAUUCUUCAGGGACCGCCUGUCGCAGAUUCGCAGUAUUUGUUUAACGAUGUCUUUUUCAAUCCUUUCGUCAUUCAAAUCAUGAAUGCGUCAAGUUAUCUGGGUGCUAAUCCAAUCUGGAAUUUCAUGACGGGGAAUAACGCUAUACCGAGGACGUAUGGCCUUCGUCAGCCUGUCCACAAAGAUAUCACCUUCUUCCAUCCGCAGUGCCCUUUCUAUGUAAUCGCAAACAUCCCUCUUUGCCCUUUCAACAGGACAACGGGGUCCACUGAAUUCUGGCUUGGUUCUCAUGCCUCUACUUCUGGUCAAGAUCAGCAGGUUACUACGACUGAAAGCACGCUCGCAAACGCAAAUCUCCGAGUAGGAGAACCGAUGACAUUUCUACGCGAUGAUGUGCGGGAGGAAAGAAGGCAGAUCAGACCUCCACUUCAGCCUGCUUGUGAGGAGGGAGACAUUAUGCUAAGAGACUUGAGAACGUGGCAUGCGGGUAUGCCAAACGAGAGUGAUAGUUACCGGAUUAUGCUAGCGUUAGGUUACCAGGCGCAAUGGUACCCAAAUCAUACUCUGCGCUCCAAACUGCCAUUGUCACAAGGCAACUUUUUCAUGAGCCAUGGAGGGCAGCCUAUAGAAGUUCGAGCUGAUCUUUUGCCCGAAGGUAAUGAUUUUGGAGUUCUCAACGAUGUCUUCGAAUUUCGUCCCAGUGUUCCAUAG